AUGUGUGAUCGUUCUAGUAGCUUCAUCAACAGGGUAUGCCCGAGUGCCAUUCUUGGCACUGGGAACAAAGACACUGAUUAUAUCUUUGCAUUCGCCGAUAAGCCGGAGAGCGACGAUAAACAUGAAUUAGAAGAUGAUGGGUAUGAAGUUGAGAAAAUCGUCGAUAUCGCAAGAGUGAAUGGAGAAAUCAAAUUUAAAGCAAGAAAGAAGUGUAUGAAGAGUUUUGAUUUUUGGAAGGCCGAUACUUAUCGAGGAUCAAUGAUCGUAAUGCCACCAGCCGAGUUUCGAAAGUUGGAAGGAGCAACACAGCUGCUGUAUUGCCGUUGA